CGUUUUUGGCGGUUGGCAAACCAGCUUUACCGCCACCUCUCCACUUCAGUUGGUGGCGGUAACGCUCUAUAAACUGGACUAAAAAAGCCGAUAAGAAGAACGCGUUUGGUCAGCUGACCGGUAACGUAGGGCUCUCUGUGACGCCGCAGAAGAGAUGGGCAAGAAAGGAAUGUUUUUCUACGCUGUGAGGAAAGGAUUUAGACCAGGAGUAUAUCAAACAUGGGAGGAUUGUAAACAUCAGGUGGAUAAGUUUCCCUCAGCGAUUUUUAAGAAAUUCGCUUCUGAACAGGAUGCUUGGGCUUUUGUGAGGAGCCAGUCAGCAGCACCAUCUUUUGGGAGACCAAAAGGAUGUGACUAUGAGGUCCUGCCUUCUAGAAAUGUGCCUGAUUCCUCGAUGGCUGUUCCCCUUGGAAGUAAAAGGACCUAUGAGGACUCUGAUGAUGAGGGACUGUCCUAUCCAAAACGAGUGAAACUCAUUGAGGUCCCACAGCCAAAGACAGCUGCAGCCAGUAGUGAUGGAUUUACAUAUAUGGGUGAUGCUAUAGUAGUAUACACUGAUGGCUGUUGCACAGCCAAUGGGAAAAAAGGAGCACGCGCAGGAAUUGGUGUAUAUUGGGGUCGUGAUCAUCCACUUAAUGUUGCUGAGAGGCUUCCAGGAAGACAGACCAACCAAAGAGCAGAAUUGCAGGCUGCUUGCAAGGCACUCGAGCAAGCCAGAGAAAAUAAUUUUAAAAAAGUUGUGAUCUACACGGACAGCAAGUUCACCAUUAAUGGCAUUACAAGUUGGGUAAAGACUUGGAAGUCUAAUGGCUGGAGGCUUAAAGGUGGCGGGGCCAUAGUCAACAAGGAAGACUUUCAAAAGCUGGAUAAACUAAAUGCAGAACUUGAGGUCGAAUGGAUGCACAUUCCAGGUCAUGCUGGGUAUACAGGCAAUGAGGAAGCAGACAGACUGUCCCGGGAGGGAGCGGCAAAGCCCCCAUGUUAGCCCACUUUUAUCACGUUCAUUUUAUAAUAAUACAUUAUUGUAGGUGCCUAGGACGAGGUUGUAGUUUGUUUAUCCUCAAUGGCUAAUGCACUUUCUUAUUUUGGUUUUGUUGUGCUAGUGUUGUAAUGUUGCAAACAGCACUCAAAACAAGUUUUCUUCUUUUCUGAAGAGCGAUGCUUAUCCAAAAUUUUUGUUUUUGAUUGUUCUGUCAAUAAAAAUUGUCAUAUAUAUUGUUCCUGGGAUGGAUUCCUGGUACUUAUUUUUCCAUCUCAGAAAUAUAAGCACUUGGAAAAUUUUUGGGUGCAUUACAAGUGACAAAAAUAAUUGUAGUGUACCGGCUAAUAUUCUACCACCAUAAUGUAUUAUUGAUUCUUUAUCUCUGAAUGUGUUGUCUUGCUCUUAUUUUCAGAAAGAUGCUUUCAGUUAAGAAAUGGUCAUGGCUCUGAAAUGCACUUAUACUGAAAUGCUUCGAUAUGAACAGCAGGUGUCACUGCAGUUCAUGCUGAAAAAUAGAAUAUAGUUUUUAUCUUUACAAAAAUCUAAGUUUGCUCUUAGUUAUUACUGAGCCUUUCCCAUCUUCACCUGGGUUAUUGUAACUAAAUGAUGGGGAUAUUUUAAUUUUAUGUUUUUACUAUUUU